AUGGCGUCCCGAAGUGACUCCACGGGGUCCUCCCGCCCGCGAUCUCGCCGCUCGAUCGCCCAUGUCCCGCGAUCCAAGUUGACCUCCGCGAUCGAUAAGGAGAAUGCGACAACAGAUAUCGCCGCCGCCCAGCCGACUGGGCCUCACACCAGACCGAGCGCAAAGGAUAAGAAAUCCCGUAGCAAGAGCUUAGGGCCUGGUGGCUUAGAUGCCCUCCAGGACUCGAAUGGCAAUCGACGCAAGUCUACUGCAGCCUUCCCUCUGAAAUCUAUUCUCAAACCUACGGUUCCCGUGUCGCCUGUACGAAAUAUUCCUUCUUUCGAAGAAACGCGCCGACGUACACCGGCCCGUGGCUCCCAAUAUGCAGACAACCAAGGCAACGAACAAGGGAAAGAGGGUCUACUGAUUGACUUUGAUACCCCGGCCCGUCCCUCAGCCUCUGGCUCUGAAGACCCAUCCAACCCUUUCGACAGCUUCAACGCCUCGUCGAUCCGCGACGAGAUGGCUGCCGCACGAGAACGCGAAGAAAAGGAACGACGUGAAAGAGAGCGGAAGGCCAUCUUGGAGCAGAGGGAAGCGCGCCGGAAAUCCAUGGCGAACCGUCGAGUAUCGUUCGCCCCCGAAGCGACGCUCCAUACAUGGAACGUCGUUGAGAUACCGGACGACUCUACCUCAUCAUCGGCCUCGAACUCUACCAGACGUGCGUCGUCUCUGACCACUGCGAACAAGGAACCCGAAGACGAUGUGAAGCAGAACGAACCACCGUCCUCUCCAUACGCGGAGUCGGACAUUGGCUUUUCUCCAGUUCAGUAUCCCGACUUGCAGCAGCUCCAACAGCGUGCGACUUCUGGAAACUACAACGCAAUGGGAUCGUCGCAAGAGAUGUCUUCAAGCCCUUUUAGCGGAAGCUCUGUCGACGGCAGUGAAGAUACCGGUCUGCAUGGUUCGGCAGCUGCUGGCGAUGAUGAUGACAACUCGUCGGCUUCUGAUUUUGACGGCGAAAGCACUGCAAUGAGCAUGGAUGAUAUGUCUGUCCGGUCUGCUGCGACAGCGCAGUCUGACACGUCUACGAACACAAGCUCCAGCGCCAGACUGAACGAGGCCCUUCGCCAGGCCGCUCGAGAAGCCGGAACCCGAAGCAUCGACGAUGAGGAGGAUGGUGAAAUGUCGAUGGAGAUAGCCGAUCAAGAAAUCACUGGCGCUUUCCAGCCGUGGAUCAAGAAGGGACAAAGGCAAAGCUUCGAUUGGGAAGACAUCAGCGCUCGACACGACCAGGAAAAUGUUCACCCACCCCAACAGACAGAAGAUCCGGUUGGCUCUGACCCAAUGAGUGACGAUGGGGACGAAGACCUCAGUAUGGAGGUUACAAAUGCUGUCGGCCGUAUCUUAUCCAAGCCCGCAAGCCGUCGCCAAAGUGCCGUUCGCCGCAAGUCGUCUGGUGCGGAAAGCAACUACGACGAACAGACCAUGGAGUUCACCAAUGUCGUAGGGGGUAUCGCGCAACAAGGUUCUCCCGCAAAGUCUACAGCUGGGAACGAAGACGAAGAAAUGACUAUGGAGUUUACCUCUGUAGUUGGCGGAGUGUUGAGUAAAUCUUCCGGUAACGAUGCUGCGAACGGGAAAACGCCCGCAGAAGCUCCCGUCCGAGAGAUCCAAGAACAAGGUUCCGAUGAUGAUAUGCAAGAAGGGGAGGAUAUGGAAAUCACUGGCGCUGUUGGUGGGAUCCUACCAACUGUUCACGAGCAGACAGAGCCAGAGGACGAUGGCGACCAGACUGCGGGCAUGGAAGUCACAGCCGCUAUUGGCAGAAUCUUGCCAUCGGAGAUGGACUCCCACCCCAAAGAACAGAGAAUGGAGCUGGAAACUGAGCAACCCGCUGUCCAGUUAGACAGCUCUCCUUUCCAGGCUAGCGUACAGCCGUCCCCUGCCAAGACACCCGAAGGCUUUCACAUCGCUGCUGUUGCCUCCGAAAGUGGCAGCCCUAGCCUUGCAAGUGUACGGACUCGACGUACGAGGCCGAGCCUUCGUGGCGCAUCAGGAACACCCACCUCGACCACACCACGGAUGUCUCCGAAGAAAAACUCUCUCAUUCCUCCCACACAACUCACCCCACAAGUCGCUCGCCUCACUACUUCUGACAAGACUCCGUCAUCAAGCAGCCGCAAGCCACGGAGUGCAUCACCUAGGAAACAUCUUCAACCCGAGCGUCAGGAGUCUGCGACUGAUGGAAAGUCCCCAGCCCGCAGAAGUCUCUUUGGCAACAGCACAACUGGCGAGUCUGCACCUCUCUUUGUCUUACAGCCUCAUAAGAAGAGACGAUCUUCGGGGCUGGGUAUUGACAAGGAAGGGCUGGGGUCUCCCAAGGUAGCUGCCAUGCUUGACAAACGCCGCUCGAUUGGUGACGAAGUUCCCAAGUUCACGCCGCAGCAAGAACGUCAGCAAGGCGUGCGGUUUGAAGAUCCUGUCAAACUACAAGAGGAGGUGGACCGCGAGCGCGAAGAAGAGGAGAACCGAGAGGAUGGCCAUAUUCCACCACCAUUGGGCGAACGAGAUGCCACUGCGAGCUUAAAAGACAUGAUCUCGAGUCUCACACCCAAGAAGAACAAACUUCGCGGCCGAAAAAGCCUGCACGUCGGGGCUGCCCGAGGGGUACUCGGUAAACGCCCAAUCGAGCUGGACCAAGAUGAUGAAGAAGAUGCCGACAGUACGCCAAAGCGGCUGAAAGGUCGCGAAGCCAGUCCUGUCAAGAGUAUCCGACUUCCAGCGCCUCCCAGCAAAGAAGAGACUGUUGGCCACCUGUCUCCUCGGAAGUCAGAUAAGGUCAGCACGACCCCUCUGGGUAAACCGCCCAGCUCCGCUGCAAACGAUGUCAUGGGAGACGCACCGGCUUUGUCCAAUGCUUCCCCCGAGUCCGAAGCAGCUGAGCAAGCUGGACCGGAGUUUGAACCUAUACAGCUGCAGGACUUCCUGAACAUGACCAAUAUCCAUUUUAUGGAGCUUACUACGACGAAACGUCGGCAUACGACGGCACCUGAUAGCGCGACCAAGAGAGCGGCGAGACUCUCCGGCGAGAACAGCAAGACUAGUGCUGCGAAUUUCGAUGACUGCGUGGCUGCUGGUUUUUGCACCGUUCCUAUGCUCGAGUUAUAUCAGCAUUCCUGCCGGGAACUGAAGUCCUACAUUUCGGAAGGACGGCAGAUUAUCCGGUCUAUCGAGACCGAGACCUACGCGGAUAAUCCCCCUCUGUUCAAAGAGUACAUGACUGCCCCGCCAGACAUCCGUUUGUUGAUGGACAAUCAAUUCCGCAAUGUGAAGACUCACGCUAGGUUGCUCAGCAAAGCCACGUGGUACGAAUGGCGCAUGAAGUUGCUGGACGGGCUUAAGGAAGGCCUCAACCGGCAUGUUGAAGAGAUGAAUGCCGACGAGGCGCUUCUCGCGAAACACGAGGCCCUGCUUAACGGAGCGGUCCCCGCUCUCGUCGAGAAGCAUGCAUCACUCGAGCAAGAGGCGACCAACCUCCAGCAACUUGCGGACGAGAUGGAGAACUGUGACCAGGACGAGCUGCGCAGUGCGCGGGAGAAGCUCGUUAGCGUGGAGGAAGAGAUUGCGGCGAAGAAGCGGCAGUUACAAGAGUUGCAAAACGAGGUCCAGGACAAGACCGACACGAUUGAGACCGGGGCUGAACUGAAGGCGGAGUUCAUGGCGCAGAUCCAGGAAGCCGAAAGAGUCAAAGAAGAGUGUCGGGGUUGGAGUGCGAAGGAGAUCAACGAGCUGAAGGCUUCUGUCGACAAGAUUGAGCGCCAAACCGGCUGGUCGAUCGUCUCGGCGACUGCGAAUUCUACGACAGGGCCGUUGGUGACAAUGUCGUACCGGAAUCAGUUACAACUGAGCUUUAGCCCUAGAUCAUUCUCUGUCCACAGUGGCAAAGCAUCAACCCAGCAGAAGACAGCUAUUGAGCUCCGCUCCCGGUCUGAUAGUGCUUCGCAACUCUCGCCGAUUGCUUUGCUGGUACUGAAGGCAUUGCAACAUCAUCUGGCGGGGAUCCAACAGUCCACGACGACGCCAAGACAGCUCUUGCGCUUCGUAUCGGAGGCCUGGAAUACCAUGCUCAACCUGGAGGAAGAAACCCGCAUGCUGGAGUUCUGCGGCGUGACCAAGCUCAAGCUCCUCGAGGCCGAGGAUCAACUCUCGCUCCGAGCAAGGUGCACGCUGCUAGAAGCAGUCGCUGCGCCUAAACCCACAAAGAAGGGCCAGAACACGGGGUUCAAGCGAAUCGACGUCGACUUUGCAGUCAAGACGCGCGUGACGCAGAACAGCACCGCCGGGGAGAUUGGCACGAUGGACUUUGAGACGGACGUGAUUGCUAGCAAAGUCUACGGCUUCGGCGUGAGCAAGGGGCCAUCGGAGAACGAGAUGCAGGAUCUCCUGCGCAACGAGCUCGGAGGGAAGAAGGCCGUGGCGCUGGGAGAUGGUGUUUGGAGUAAGGCCGUGCAGAUGCUUACUGGGACGGUGUUUUGA